UUGGCCACUUGUCUGUUGACAAACGUGACGGACGCACAUCUGUUGUCCUGUCUGGAAUUCCGUGACUCAAUGGAAUAAAAAUGAAAAUACACGGGACUUUGGCGUCGAUUUAAAGUGAUCGCGUUAAAAAGAUUAAUAAUUCUUCAUGGGCCUGUGAAUCAGGGAAAAACAUGUUGAAGUGGUUUUCCAGUGAAGAUGGAGAUCCUGGCUCAGGGGGCCCAGGGUCUCCCCACAACAGUGCUGGCAGUGGAGAGCUUGCUGUGGAGGAGAUGGCAGAGCGGCUGAGCCAGACGGAGCAGCUCGUCACUCAGCUGAAGGAAUUGAUUCGGGAGAAGGAUGCAACACUUCGCAUCAAGGAUGAACAGCUGAAGGGAGAGAAGGAGGAAUGUGAGGCCAAGCUGACAAAGCUGCGUCUCCAGAACAAAGCCAAGGUCACAUCUCUCACAACUCAGUUGGAAGAGCUGAAGAAACAACAGGGGGGCAAGGGCACACCAACGCACGGCAAAAAGGGAUCAUCAGACGGAGGAGGAGACCAAGCUAGUCGCGGCAAGAUUGUUUUGUUAAAGAAGAAAGUUGAGGAACUUGAACAGCAGCUUUUACAAAGAGACAAUGACCUGGAAAACAAGAGAAAAGAGGUGGAGUUUCAACUACAGCGAGGUGAAGAAAUCGAUGCUAUGCUGACAGAGAAGGACAGGAAACUGGCAGAGAAGGAGGCCUAUAUUGUCCACCUGCAGACAGCGCUGGCAGGAGAUCAGCCCUUGGCACCUGCACCACAGCCAAAGGCGGAAGAGGAAAGUGGAUCGAUGCAGGAGCUACAGCUGCUGGUGCAGAAUCUGACCAAGAAGGUGGGAGAAGCAGAGGAGCGCUACAGUCUGCUGCAGGAGCAGACAGAAAGUCUCAAAGAGCUGCUGGCCACAGAGAAGGAGCAGUUCACUCAAAAGGAGACCAUGUAUAAACAGAAUAUCCAGACGUUCAAAGACAUCAUCAUGCAGAAAGAUAAUCAGCUUACGGAGAUCAACCAGAUGCACGAACAGGAGCUCUUCAAGUUAGCAGCCAAGUGUGACGCUAGUGCAGAUUUGGAGCAGCUUUUGAAGGCUCUGAAACAGAAGCUUCACGAGAAGGAGGAGGUUCUGCUUGGUAAAACUCAGGUCAUUGAUGUUCUCCAGGGAGAAGUGGACGGCAGGGACCAACAGAUAAAGGAGCUCACAGAGCGUCUACGGCGGAUGCAGGUUGAGCGUGAAAGUUUAGAAUCCAAAAUGGAGGCGGAAAAGCAUGUAAUGCGUGCACAACUCCGUGACCUCAUGGAGAAACAGCAGGCGGAGGUGCAGCGGAUGACGCAACAGCAUCAGUCCCUCUUAGAUCAAACCAAGCAGGAUCUCCUGGUGCAGAUGGAGGAGCUGAGGAAAACCUCAGUCACAGCACCCCCUGUCUGUCAGGAGACUUCAGAAAAAGUGCAUUCUGAUACAAUCUUAACCCAGAGAGUGGCUGAACUAGAAGCUCAAGCAAAGCAGAAAACAGAUGAAGCCAGUAAAUCAGAGGCCAAGUUCCUGAAGAUGAAAGCCUGGUCCAAAUCCCGCAUCAAACAGUUGGAGGAUGAAUUGAGGAAAAACCAGGCUGGAGCGUCCUCACCAGACCUGAGUGCCCUGCAAAGUCGCAUCACAUCACUGGAAGAAGAAAAAGAGGAAAACCAGUGGAAGAUUGAGCAAUAUGAAGAGCUCAAAAUGCAGAAUGAAAUGCUCGAGGCCAAGCUGGUGGUGUAUGAGGAGCAGCAGAGAACACUGCAGGCCGACCUGGAGCAGUUCACCAAAAGGACUGCAUCUCAGGCCAGUGAGUCCGGCAGUGCAGAUGACACUCAGAGCCAAGUCCUGGAGUGGCAGGAGAUGGUGUCCGAGGCAGUGAGUGCCAGGGACCGAGCCAGAGAGGAGAAGGUUUCCAUGGGGCUUCGUAUCACCCAGUUGGAGGAGGAGAGAGAGGAACUGAUUGAGGAUGACUGGUUCUUUCCUGGCUGCUCCGAUCCAGCACUGGCCACUCGUCAGCAGGAGUUGGAGGAGGAGCUGGAUCACGCCCGGGGGCUCGGUAAACACAGGGCAAAGAACCUGAACGCUCCAGGACCAAGAAGCCUGCAGGAUGACUUUGAGUUUGACGGACAUCUUCCAUUCCAGGAGCCGCGCGGCCCCUCGGAGAGCACCACCCCAAUGGAGGGAGAGAACAUGGGAGGUUGGUGGCCUGAGUACAGUACUCCUGAUACAGGUGGUUUACGGUCGGUUGUGGAGGAGCUGGAGCUGGAGAGGAACCAGCUGCAGGAGCAGAUCCUGAGUCUUGAAGAACGCUGUCAGGAUCUGGAGGAUCGGCUGCAGCUGCAGGCACGAAUUGAGGCUCUACAGGUGACGUUUGAUGUAGAUGAAGAUUUGCAGCCGUGUUGGGUUUUGCAGAACGAGUCGGAGAAACUUCAGAGCCAACUCGCCAACGUCCGAAGUCAACAGGCGAGAGAUGCGGAGAAAAAUCAGCUGCUUGUCAAUAGUCUCCAUGAGCAGCUUAGAGGGCUGAGUGACACGCAGGAGUGUCUGGAGAGUUCACUCAUCGAAAAGGAGAACUCUUUGGCACAGACAUCAGAGAAACUAGAACUCAUCAGUGGCCUGAAAGAAUCUCUGAGCCAGAAAGAGAUUCAGUACAAAGAUGUGUCUGAAAAGCUCCUGCAGGCUGAGCACGCUCUGGAUAACAUUUCCAAAAAGUGCAGCAGCUCAGAGAAGCAAUGCUCGGAGAUGAAAUCAGAAAUUUCAGACCUCACACAAAAGAUGACUGGGCUGAAGGAUAAGGCACAAAAACAAGAGGCUGCCAUAGAAUCUUUACAAAAUGAAUUAGAUCAAACUAACGAGGAACUGGACAAAUUGAACUCCGCCCACUUGGAGGAGAGAGCCCAACUCAUUCAUGAUCUUCAAACCUGUGAGCGGGAAAUUGACUGCCUGAAAGACCUGAUGGUGGAAAAGGACAAAGAGAUAUCUGCCCUCUCUGGCAACAUGGCAGAAUACGCCGAGCAGAUCGUUCUGCUGAAACAGGAUAUAAAAGUCAAAGAGGAAAGUCUGGUUCAAGUGGAAACGGCCCUGAGGAAGGCAGAACACGAGGUGAUGAUUAGCAGAGACUUGCAAAGCUCCGACCAGCAGGCUCUCAACAACAAACUUACAGAGGUGGCAGAGAAGCUGAAGGACGCGGAGACAAAGUUAGUCCAGGUCCAAGAGGAGAGCCUGAACAAACAGGUCGAAGUGGAGCAACUGGUAAAGCAGGUCGAAGAGGACAAUAAAACCAUCCAGGAGCUUCGCGGAGAGGUCCAGAAACAGACGAUGAGCCAUCGUCAUCAUCUGUCCGAGUGUGAAACACACAUUGUCUCAUUAAAGGAACAGCUCACAGUAUCCACACAGAAAAUGCAGGAGUCAGAGUUACUCAUUUCACAGCUGAAUGACAGAAAUGCCAACCACGAAAAAGCACAUCAAGACCUUCAGGAUAAAGAAGAGACACGUGAAAAAGAACUCAAGUUCUUCAAAGAGGAACAUAACAAACUUCUGGCAGAGGUGGAAAAGUACAAUAAUGAAAUGAAUGCAUUGGCGAAGAAACUAGAGGAACGAGCACAGAGUGAGGAAGGCGCCCACAAGGAGAUGCAAGAGAAAGUAGAAGCACUGGAAAAACAGCUACAGACAAACAGUGAACAAGCUGAGAACGACAGACAGAGACUCCACGGCGACUUACAGGCAAGAAAUUCAGAAAUCCAGAAGCUGAGUGAAGAGCUCAAAAGCAAAGGUGAAAACAUUUCCAAAUUAAAAAACCUUUUGAAGACCACAAAGACUGAGAAGCAGCAGCUGAUGAAAGAGUUGGCGCUGCAGAAAGAGACUGUGAAGGAGCUCAAUGAAAAAGUCACGUCCGUUCUUGAACUCAACAGCGGUCUGGGCAGUGAAGUUCAGGGUCUGACAAAAGACAAGGAAAGACUUGUUCUGGAAAUUGACGAAAGUGGACAAAACAUAGAAUCCUUUCGAGUUAAAAUAUCCAUGCUUGAGACGCAGCUUUCACAAAACAGCGUGACUAUCAAAGGGCUACACAGAGAUAAAGAACAACUUUCUCUUCAAAUCACAGAGUUAAAUGGAGUCCUGGAGCAGAGCGAACACUCCAAUUCAGAGCUGCUGCUGACAAAAACCAGCGAAUGUAGCAAUCUUAAUAGAGUGCUAAUGGAGAAGGAUGACGAGCUGAAACAACUACAGGAACUCGUGCAGAGUCUGAAAGUCGAGGUGGAGCAGACUGAGCACAGCAGAUUAGAAAAGGAACGGGCGGCCACUGACCUUCAGGUGCAUUUAGAGGCUGAACGAAAACAACUUCAGGAGGAGCUGACUCUGCUGAGAGAGCAGGAGAGCGAUCUGACGUCGAGGUUUGCAGAAAAAGAUGCCAUUCUGAAGGAAAAGCAAGAAGAGUGCGUGGUUUUACAGAAAGACGUCUCAGCUCAGGAACAUCUGGUGUCCAAGUUAAAUGCAGAUGUUGAGAAUCUUAAUGAAGAGCUCACCCAGCUAAGACAGAAGCAGCAGGAAAGAGAUGGAUUAUUGGAAGAUGCCACUCACAAAUGUCAGGAGCACAAGAAUGAGCUGAGUGAUGCAAUGAAGACCAUCGAGUCCCAGAGGGAACACAUAUGUGCAAUGGAAGAAAAAGUCCGAAAUCUGGAUUCCGUGGUCCAGCAGACCCAGAAGGAGCUGACAGACUCUAACAGUAACAUCCAGAAUCUCACCAAAGAAAUCCAGCAACGUCAGGAUGCAUACGAAGCUCAAGAAAAGGAACUUGCAGAGCAGACGACGUUAGCAUCACGACUGGAUUCACAGCUAAAGGUAACCCUGGAGAAGAACUUUGAUUUGAACCAGCAGAUCAACGCGUUAACAGAAGAUAGCCAGAGACUAAAAGACGAGUUGUCUCAAUACACGACAUCGGUUAGCCAACUAACCUCUGAAAUCCAACUCCUCCAAAAGAAGAAUUCUGACCUUGAACUUCAAAUUGUGGAAUGUCAGAGAAACAUGAGCAACCUGUCGAAAGAGAAGGAAGAGCAGUUUAGGGCAACGGAGGAAUUAAAAGACGUCCUAAAGGAACAUGAACAGUUACAUUCAACGGGUUUGCUGGAAAAAACAAACGAAUGUUCAAAUCUGAUGAAAACAUUGAGUGAGAAAGAAGACCUUCUAAAAAGUUUACAGGAUCAGUUAGAUGGACUAAAAGGGAAACUCACUGAACUCAACAAGAGUUUGAAUGACAAAGAUGAAGCUGCGCUGGAACAGAAAUCUCAGCUGGAGAUUCAGCAGAACCAUGUGUUACAGCUUCAUGAUACUGUUUCUGCUCUGCAGGAACAAGGCUCUGUGCUGAAGUCGGGGCUGAUGGAGAAAGACUCGCUGUUGCAGCAAAAAGCAGAAGAAUGCGAGACUUAUCAAAAGGAAGUGGUGCAACAGAAAGACCUCUUAUCUCGGCUCCAGGACGAAGUACAGUCGUUAAGACAGGAGCGUUUGGAGACCAAACAGCAACUGGAGCAGAAAGACCAGGCGUUUAGAGAAGUGUCGGAGCAGUUUCAAAGCCACAGAGAUGAGCUGAGCAGACGAAGUGAAUCUGUGCUUUCACUGAGCACUCAGCUUGGGACGAUGAAUGAGAAUGUGGCGGAAAUGGAAGUUGAAAUUUCAAAUCUGAGGACAACUGUGCAAAAACUCACCACUGAGAAGAGGCAGCUCUUGGAGGAGGAGGAUCAGAAUAAAGUACAGAUUGCUGAUUACAAAGACAACAUUGAAGCCCUGAAUGAACAGAACACAAAAAUUAAAUCCGAACUUCUUAACACAGUGACAGCUCUGUCCCAAAUACAAGAAGAGGUUUCGGAUCUUAAGAAAUUGCUCUCUGAUAAAGAGACAGAGCUGAAAGUGGCCCAGACUGAUGUUGAGACUCUUCGUUUGACCCUAAAAGAAAAAGAUGAAUCUCUGUACCAGAAGGAAGGUCUGAUCCAGCAGCUCAGCAGUAACAUCACAGAGCACGUGCAGCAGAUGAAGCAGAAGGAUGAUGAAAAUGUUACUUUAAAUUCCAAAGUUUCCGAGCUUGAAGAUUGUGUUUUUAAACUCAACGUAAAAGUAGAAACCCUUACGGAGGAUUCGUCCAAGCUGAAAGACAUGUUAGAUUCAAAGGAACAGUCCACCCUUGAAUAUCAAAGCCACUCUUCUACUGCUAUUGAAAGUCUUCAGUCAAAUCUUCACACUAAAGAGAAAGAAAGUGAAAACUUAAAGGAACAGAUUUCACAUCUGGAGGAAUCGGUUGCAAAACUUAACAGCAGCCUGGACGCACAGAAAGCCGAAGCGGAAAACCUUAAAAAGGCUUUAGUGGAAAAAGAGGCAGCUCUUCAACACCAAUCAGAGGCUCUGCUGGAUGUUCAGAGACGUGCAGAUGAGUCUUUGCUUUUCAAAACACAAUUUAUUGAAAGCACGGAGUUGGUGUCACAGCUGCAGAGCCAGAAUGAGCGACUCUCCUCGGAGUCUCACAGGCUCAGAGAGGCAUCGGAACAGACACAGAUGGCCUUUGACAACCUGCAACAGAAAUAUGCAGCCACUUUGGAGGAGCUUCAAGUCCUGCGGGGGCAACUGUCCCACCAGGUGGACGAGGUGUCCAACCUGCAGAAGGUUUUAGAAGAUGCCAAAAAUGAACAUCAGUCUGCAAAAACAGCCAACGAAAAGUUGCAAAAGGAGUUAUCUGCUGUCUGUCACAAACUAGAGCAAAGCCAAAAACACAACUUGAGUCUCUCAAAAGAAAAAGAAGAUGCUUUUUCCACUCACCAGGCGAACGUGUCGUUGCUGACUGUAGAGAUAGACAGGUUAAGAUCGCAGCAUCUUCAAGUUGUUGAUCAGAUGAAUGCUCUGACUGAAAACUUCGAACAAAGAGAAAUGGCUCUUCAUGCAAUCAACAGCCAGUACACAGCACAAGCCAAACAUGUCACACAGCUGGUCUCGGAAAUGCAAGUGCUAGAGGAGAAGAACAGGCAACAACAUCAGGAGAUUAGUGUGUUGAAAGCAGAACACCAGCAGCAACUGGAAGCUGCCAGAAAUGAGAGUUCACGUUUGCAGGAGGAUGUUAAGAAGGUUCUUUCAGAGAAGGAAGAGUUGGAAGGGAGAUACCAUCAGAUGCGGACGUCACAGGGGGAGCUCCGUCUUGAGGUGGAGCAGAAGAGCAGCAGCAUGAACAAAGUAGUGGAGGAUAUGGUGCUGGAGAAGGAGAAGCUUCACGCAGAGGUUAGUGCCAAAGAUGAAGAAGUGUAUCAGUUGAAAGAAAGUAUUCAGACGGUAGAGCAGAUUCUGCAGGACUCAGAGAAGGAGUGGCUUUUAGUUCUGGAUAAAGAGAAGCAGGAAAAGAGUCAAGUGGCUGAACAACUGAGAAGUAUAGAAAAUGAGAUGCUUUCCAAAGAUUUUAAGGUCAAUGCUUUACAACGUAACCUUGACAGUUUGCAGGCAAAACUAUCAGAAGCGUUGUCCGCCGUGCAGCAGGGCUCUGAGCAACUGAGCGCCAAAGAGCUGGAAGCAGCAGCCUCCAGGGUUCAGCUGGAAAAAGUGUUAGCAUCUUUUCAGGAAAAGGACAACGAGAACAAUAGUUUGCAGCAGACUCUGAAGUCCUUGGAACGUGAGAUAGAACAAUACUUUAUAAGAAGGUUUGGUCCCGAGAAAGAUUUUAUUGAGCUCUCAAGAAUUUACUCUGAGAGAUCAUGUGCUCAGGGUGAGAGGAAACCUUUUUUACUGCACAUAAUUACGCAGUUAGAGGAACUACAUCAGUCGGAGGUAGAUGCUUUAAAAAUUGAGUUGGAUAAAACGCGUAAAGACGGAGAAAAGAGUACUGACGAAAGGGAACAAGAGUUUGUUCUUUUAAGAGACUCUGUCAGUCAUUUGAAGGCACAGUUGAAUGCUGAGUCCGAUCAUUUGAAGGCAGCUCUUGUGACUCAGUCAUCUCUACACAGCAGUCUGCAAGCUAAAGAUGAGCAAAUCAACUCAAUGAACAUUCACAUUAGUCAACAGAAAGAAUUACUGGCUGGACUCAGUCAGCAGAUCCGAGACAAAGACGCAUCCAUUGGCCAAGUCAUCGAGUCUGCAGCAAACGAAAGACUGACGCUCAGUGAGGAAAAAACGUCUUUAGUGACUCAACUAGUAAAUCUAGAGACUGCACAAAAAAAGCUGGAGGAAAUCCACAGUCAGUUGGAGGACCGUAUAUCUACCUCUCAAAGUGAACUCGAAGCCAUUAAAAGUGAGAAACUUCAGCUUCUGAAGGAAAAGAAUGAGCUCGAAGAGAAACUGGCGAAAUUGUCGAAAGAAAAAGAUGCUAUGAAGAAGAAGCUUCAGGCUGCGCUCGUCGUUAGAAAAGAUCUACAAAAAAGACUUGAGGAGCAAGAACUAAAAAACAAAGACAGUGACAGUGACAAGUCCAAGAUUGUAGUUUUACAGGAUGAAUUAGAAAAAAUGAGAACUGAGGCACAGGUAACAGCUCUGACGUACAAGGAAAGUGUUUCUCUUCUUGAGCAAACUAUUCAUGACAAAGAGUUGAUGAUUGUUGGACUCCAAGAAGAAGGUGAGAAAAUUGCGAAACAGUUGCAGUCGGAGAAACACCAAUUACAAACGGCGUUGAAUCAGAAAGACUUGAAUUUGUCACAAGAACUGAAAACACUGGAUGAUCAAACCUCCCUCAUUGAGCAGCUGAAGUGCAGUGCGGCAGAAAAGGAAAACGCACUCGAGCAAGAGAAAAGUUGUUUAAUGCAAAGAGUUGAAGAGCUGCAAACAGAAAUAAAGGCCUACAAAAACGAUUUAAAGGAAACUUCCUCCACGUGUGCUAAUUUUGAAAAUGAGCUCGCCCAGGUGAAGACUGAAAAAGCCAUGCUUCAGAAAAAGGCCCAAGCUGCUUUGCUAGCACGAAAAGAAACCAUAAAGAAAGCUCAGGACAGUGAAAAGAAGUUAACUCAAGAACUGGCCGAGCUCAAAGACGACUACAAGGCUCUGCACGAGCAGCGCUGUCAGCAGACAAACGAGCUGAAUGACCUUCAGUUGAACUUUGACGAGAAGGUAAGGGAGCUGGAGGCCCUCCAGAAGAUCUCCUUGUCCUACGUGGAUGAACUGAAGACUUUGAGGCAGCUGGUUGACGAGCGGGACAAAACUGUUCAAGAUUUGAAAAUGACUCUGGCGGAGAAGGAGAGCCAGUGCCAUUCUCUAUCACACUUGCAGGCAGAGCUGAAAACGGUUAAAUCCCACGGUGAGAAAAUGGCUCUUCAAAUGGCGAGCAAAGAUGAGAUUCUUACAGCCAUGGAAAAAGGAACUGAAGAUCUGAAGUUAAAACUUCACACGGUGGAAGAAGACUUGGAGAAAGCCAACCAACGUGUGCGAGAGCAAAUGGAGGAGAUAGAGAAAUAUCAGCAAGUCAAAUUUGAAGAACAGGAAAAGUUUUCGUUUGAACAAAGUAAUCAAAUGAAAACAGAACUUGACACAGCACUUGCUUUAGUUUCCCAGAAAUCCCAGGAGGUUACAGCAAUUGAAAAGAAAUCAUGGGAAACGCAGCAGCAACUUUGUAAGGAAAACGACGUUUUGACUGAAGAACUCGCCAAAGCAAGGCUGCUGUGCUCGGAAAAAGAAGGCAAUCUUGACUUAAUUAGACAAGAAAAAGAAAAUGCCUUAAAGUUGGCCGAUGAACUGAGGGAGGAGGUGACGGAGCUGAACAGUAAACUGGCGGAGAUGGAAAACCUAAAUGAGCAGCAACGUAAAAACAUGUCUGAAAACCUUGAGGUAAAAAUCAAGGAGAAAAGCGAUGCGCUGUUAGCCUCUGAAGCUCAAGUUGCAGAAAAAGAGAAACUGAUUGCUGCACUUGAGCUGCAGCUACGACAGCAGACGAAACUGCACGAAACUGCCCUGGAAAACAUGAAAGUAGAAGCCGAUCAGCUUCGCAAAUCUGAGGCAGAUGCAAGUAAAUUGGGCGAUCAGGAGAAGCAAAACAAAGUAGCUCUCCUAACACGGAAGCUACAGGCAGCUUUAGUUUCACGAAAAGACCUCCUUAAGGGAAAUGAAACACUUAAAGAAGAAUGUGAAAAGCUUUCGUCAAGACACCAAGCUAAAGAAGCUGAAUAUUUGGCCCUGGAAUCAACAGUUUUGAAGCUGAAACAGCAUAAUAUAGAUUUAGAAACUAGUGUCUCAUUUCUAACCAAAGAGAAACAAGAGCUCAGCGUUGAAGUCAAUCACAUCCGUAAUGAUAACCACAGCCUGUCAGCAGCCUGUGACAGCUUAAAACUCACCAUAGAAAACAUCACCCAGCAAAAACAGGCCUUUUCCUGUCAGCUUGAAUCUUUAAAAGACUCUCAAACUGAGGAGCUGUCUAAGUGGAAGUCAAAGCACGCCGAGCUGAAACAAGAGUACGAGUCUCUGUUGCAGGCUUAUGAAAAUGUGAGCAGUGAAAUGGAUAAGAUGAGACAACUUUUGGAGGGCGCCAAAAGAGAACGACAGGAAGCCCUCAGGAAAGUGCACAAAUACCAGACUGAGAUGGAGGUCACAGAGAGGCAGUCGAGAGAGCUGGAAGAGGAAAACGGUAAAAUAAAAGAGAAAAUGCGAAGGUUUUCUAAACAAAAACAGGAAAAGAUUGAAGAGCUAGAGGAAGAAAAUCGGAAAAUAAAAAGUGAUUUGGCUGAUAAUGAGGGAACCAACAACACGGCAAUAUUGGAGCUAAAAGAAAGAAAUGAACAAAUGGAAGCAAAGAUCCGCCAACUGACAGAGUCGUCGGAGGCGCUGGGAGUAGAACUUACAGAGGUGAAGGCAGAAAAGAGCCAGCUGGCAGGGAAACUGGAGGAAGUGAGCCUUUUAUUGGACGAAAAACUCGUGGAAAUAAAUACCUACACGAACAGCAUGCAGCUGAAGCUGGAUGAAGCACUGAAACUGAACAACUCACUAACUGCUCAGAUUGAGGGCCAGAAAACGGAGCAUGGUUCUCAGUUGGAGAUCAACAGUUUAUUACAGAAAGAGAAACAUGCUAUGUCUGAAAGAAUCGAGACCAUACAGAGUGAACACGAGUCCCAGAUGGCAGAGAAAGAGGACGCCAUUAAAGAGUUGAGGGACAUUAUUAACAGACACAGCCAGGAGACCAUCAGCCUUAAUGAGAAGGUGAGAAUCUUGGAAGACGACAAGUCUCUGUUGCAAGAGGAGCUGGAAAAUACUCAGGAGAUUUCAGACAAAGUCAAAAAUGAAAAUGAGUAUUUAGAAACUGUGAUUCUCAAGAGCUCUGAGAGGAUUGACGAACUGACGGAGUCGCUCCACAAUUUGAAAACACAGACCUCAGAGUUGUCCUCUCAGCUGGCAGCAAGUAAGGAGUUGAACAACAAGGUGCGACAGGAAAAGGAAGAAGAGCAACUGAAACUGGUCAGAGAGUUUGAAGAGAGACUAAAGACGGCACAGAGAGGCACCCAGGAACGCUCCAAGAACGUCAACAAGGAACUGCAAGAGCUGCUGAAGGAGAAACACGGGGAGAUAAAUCAGCUGCAGCAAAACUGUAUCAAAUACCAAGAAGUGAUUUUAAAUCUGGAAAGUACUCUGAAAAGCCUUCAGUCAAACAGUGACCAUGCAGAGGUGGAACUGAGGAAAAGUUCUGAGAAAAUUAUAGUCUUGGAGAACAAAAAUAAAGAAGUAGAAGCUGAACUGACGAGGCACAAGAACGUUCUCCAGGAGGCAACGGAGAAGAUUGAGAGUCUGAAGUCUGAGAGAGACCAACUGGCUGAACAAAUAUCCCAACAAAGACGUGAGUCAGAACACCAGGCCAGAGAGAAAACAAAGUUGCUCAGAAACGCAGAUGAGAUUCAAACGAAUGCAUCUUUAGAAAAUCAGUUUGUGUUACAGCAACAGAUCGAUAACCUGAUAGAGAUGAAGGAUGAAGAGAGUCAGAAGGUGGAUGAGCUGAGGCAGCAUGUUGACGCUCAAGAGCUCCAGAUUUACACACUGAAGAGAGCGGCUGAGACCAACGAAGCAAAGCUGUCGGCUCUGUCUUCUACCUCCCAAGGUGCAAGUGCUGAGAAACUGUGGAACGAGUUGUACCAGAAGACCCUAGGUGAGAAAGAUAGUCAACUCCUGGAACAAGGAUUUGUCAUCAAACGCUUCCUCGAAGACCUGAGAUUAAAAGACAAGGAGGUGAAUGAGCUGAGAGUGACCAAGUCGAGGCUGGAGCGGACACUGAACGAGUAUUCCGUUGCGGCUGCUGCUCAGCAAAGGCAGCUUUUCGUCAUGAGCGCGAGCAACGCCGAGCUGCGGGAGAUCGUAGACCUCAUGGCGGUGCAGGUGAAGGAACUCGGUGCUCAAGUGGAGCGAGUUGAAAAAGAAAAUAAUCGACUCAAUUUGCAGCUGACUGACAAAGACGAUGUCAUUUUCCAAAUGAGUUUCAAUCUUCAGCAGCUGGAAAAGGCCAACACAGACGCUGACGCGCAGCUGCUGCGUUUACAAUACCAAAAUGAUAAAUACAAGGGAGACUUAGCGAAGCAGGGAGAUAUAACUUUACAAAUGAAAACGUUACUUCAGAGCAAAGAUGCAGAAAUCUCUUCUUUACUCUCCUCCAGAGAUGGCCAGAUGUCAGGGUACCUGGAGCAACUCCAGACAAACUACCGUUCACAGGUGGCUGUUUAUGAGGAGAGGUUAACGUCGUCACACAACCAAAGAGAAAAGGCCGAUAAAGAGCUGAGAGGGCUAGAAGCAAAAGUCAAAAGUCUCAAUGUCAAAGUCAACCGAUCCGAGCAGGAGAAGGAGCAAAUGGCGACGAAGAUGGAGUCGUUCAAGAACUCACUAGUGUCUCUGCAGAGUGAACGCGAGCGACUGGUGUCGGAGUACAGAAUACUUGAAGCAAAGAGCGACUUAGGGUUAAAGGGCAAAGAAGUGUCUGCUGACGGGGAGGGCGGCGCCAGUAAAGGUCUCAAACAUGAAAUAAGGAAAUUACUACACCAAAUGGACGAUCUCAAUUCAGAGAACGCCAUGCUCAGGGCUCAGCUGGUUCGCUACAGAGAAGAUUUGAAUCAAGUGUUAUCCCUUAAGGACAAUCAGUUGAAGGUGCUGCUGAAGAAGCAGCAGGACGUUAUCAGAAGCCUGGAAAAUCAAAAGGCCGCCGCUGAAAAGCAGUCCAGAGAUUCUCACCUGGAGUUCCAGCAGAAGGAAGAGGAGAGUGAGUUGUUGAAAGUGGACAUUUCUAAACUAACAGCUCAGGUUUCGAAACUGGAAGCAGAAAUUUUAAUUCAAAGGAAGGAAAAGGCAUCCACGGACGUGGGCAAAGUCAUUGGUGAUUUGAAGGACGCUGUAGCCGCCAAAGCUGUAGAAUGUAACGACCUCCAGCAAAAACUGCUUUCUCAGAAGCUUUUAGUCGACGAACUCAGGGAACAAAUGCAGCUGCUGGAAAACAGUACGGACCAGAAACUUUCUGAGGCCGAAGACACGUACAAUAAGGAACUGGACAAGUUUGAUCGGCAGGUAGAGCGGAUGAGGGCGGAGCAAGAGACGGCAGAUCGAAGGGUGGCUGAACUUGCAAAAGACCUUCUUGAAAAAGAGAACCAAUUGUCACAGGCAGAAACUCAGAGUAAAGACUUGAAGGUUCAGAACGACUCUCUGGGCAAGGCCAUGGGGGCUUUACAGAAUGACCGAGAUCAACUGAUCGAAGACUUCAAGAUCCUCAGAAACAGGUACGACGAGGAACUCAGAGAGACUCGGACGUCACUGAGCAAAGUGGAACGCAGCCUUCAGGACACGACCUCAGACCUGGCCGUGGUCACCAAAGAGCGGGACAUCCUCGGUCAUAAAUUGAAUGCUCUAGGGAGCAAAGAUGCUCAGGUAGAGUUGGACAAGUUGUUGGAGGAGGUGUCGCAGGCUUUGUUACAAAAGGAAAAAGAACUGACGCGGGUCGUGGCAGAGAAUAACACGUACAGCCGUCAGCUGUCGGCGUUCUCCAGCUCCAUGGCUAGCCUCCAAAAUGAUCGCGAUCGGCUGAUGGAUGAGUUGGCCGAGUCUAAACGGGGGCCGUUUCCCAAUUCUAAGGGCGCUGAUGCUAACGCUGAUACAGAUAGGCUGAAGACAAUUGAACAGCAACAAGAACGCCAACAUUCCUUUAAAGAAAUGAGCAACGCAAAGGAGGAAACGCAAAAAUUGAGGUCAGAGCCAGAUAGGACACCUCUAACCAAGGAAUCAGUGACACUGGCAGGUUCCAGUGCAACAGACGAGGUGGUGGGUCGUCUGGAGGCCGAACGAGUCCAGCUCUACGGAGACCUGCAGCGCUGCAUGUAUGAGAUUCAACAACGAGACCAGUUCUUCCAGCAGCUGAACACCAAGCUACAACAAACUGUGGAGGAGAAAAGUGCCUGUGCAGCUCAGCUGAGAGCUGUUUCCCAAACACUGAGGGACACACAGAACCGCUGCCACUGGUUAGAAAACCAAGUCCAAGUCCAGGCUCAGCAGGGCUCAGUGUACGCUGAGGUCGCACCAGGAGCUCCUCAGGAGAGAAGUCGUGAAUCUGCGGUUGUUACAACUGGAGAAGUCGGUCAACUACAAAUGAGACUAGUGGAGUUGGAGCAGAGUCUGGCAGACGAGAAAGCAAGGAGAGAGAUCGCUGAGGACGCUUUACGUCUUGCUGAAGACAGGGCAAAGAGUUUGUCCAGAGUCACACAGAGUGACCUCAGCAUCGACAUGGAGACAGAGGAGGACUGGGACGCUCUGAGCUUUGACCCCAACCAGCCGCUGAUCACACGCAAGGUAAAAGGGGGCGUGGCCACGUGUAGACGCUGGCUCAGAGGGAGGAGCCUCUACUUUUCCAGGCUCCUAACCAGUCGCGCCCGCUCUAGACACAUCUUCCUGGCCUACUUGCUCACGUUGCACGUGCUGGUCCUAAUGUGCCUCACUGGCGCCCUGUAGUGGCGAAACACUUGAUUCAGACUUAGUGAAACUAAAUGAGUUGUAGGACGAGCUCGUGGGUUAGUUAGUGUUACUGGUUAGUUCUGAAAAAAAGACAUUUAAAAAAAAAAA